UUCUCAAAACGACGUCGUUGCUUUUAGCAUACCUAUAGUAUAUGGACUAGCAGCCAUCACCUUCUUCGUCUUCAUCUUGCGCUCUUCUAUUCCCAACACACUGUAAUCUGUAAACAGAAUGGGGUUCAAGGAGUUCUGCGGCGAGAGGUUGUCCUUCCUCGACCACUAUUCCAAGUUCAUCAAUCGUGAUAAGCCUCUUCCUUCUUGGUCCGACACUGAUGUUGAAGCAUUCAUUGCUACUGAUCCAGUUCACGGCCCUGCUUUGAAGACUGCUAGGGAAGCAGCAAAAUAUGCUGCUUCAGGAAGUGUUAUUGGAGCUGUAUCAACUGCUGGACUUGCAUGGAAAUAUUCAAGGAGUUUGCAUGGUGCUGGAUUGGCUUUUUUAGCUGGAGGUGUCUUCGGUUGGACAUUUGGACAGGAAAUUGCAAGCCACUCACUUCAAUUGUACAGGUUUGACACCUUGGCUGCACAAACUAAGUUCCUGGAAUGGUGGGAAAACAAGAGUGAGCGAUGUUCUUAAACAUAGCUGGCUUUUUCAAGCAAUGCAAUUACUGAGGUGCAUUUCUACAAUAAGUCAAACACACUUGUGUAGUGGUAAAAAGAUUGCAUGGAAAGUUUCCUGUUUUAUGUUGAACUGGGGGCUGAUAGCCCAGAUUGCAUCAACUGGUGGUUUAUUGUUGGGAUUUUAGUUUCAGCUCAGGGAAAUUUCUGAUGCUUUCUUGAAAUGAACCCAGGAAACUGGAACACUAAGGAAUAUCUUCAGUUUUCAGACUUGUUACAAUAUUACAAUAAUGUAUGUAUUUUGUCUCGGGGAAAAUUAUGUAGCGCAAGCCUCAAACCGUGCUAUGGCUCUACUUGGUCAUAACGUAUAGCCCAGUUUUUAAGACCUUAUUGUAUCACAAUAUGGGUAUGUCUUGGUGAACAAUUAUUAUUUGGUAGAGAAAAUUAAGUAUCGAGACUCAAAGACGGCUGUGGCUCGGCUUGCCCAUGAUAUGUUUCCAGAGGCCAGGAAUGUGAGCACGCAAAAAAUAGUCUUCCCAGUUGAUGCAUCUUGGAUCGAAAUUGAAGCUUCCAGCAUCUGUGUAUUUCUCACUUGCCAUCCUUCUCAACUUCUCUGAAUUGGUGUCAUCAAAUCUACACAAUAUCAAAAAGAAAAGAGUUGAACAUUAGACCGAAAACAAAUUCCAUGUUGUACUGUGAUAACACCAGUAAUUUAGUUUCAAUCUUCUAAUU